AUGGCAGCACAAGUUGCAGAUGUGUCACCCCUGACCCUCAGGUCGAGCUAUGAGCUUUUACCACCUGAAAUGUCUGAGCUGAUAGUUGUUCUUCUGGGAAACCACUGGAGACAGAGAUGCUUCGUAGAGAGCAUCUUAGUUGAAACGGAAACAAACAUGCAGGAUUUACUGCACAGGAUCCAACAAAACAAGAAGGAAGUUGUGUUCAAACUAGUUCUGAACUUCGUAUCCUUCUGUUUGGAAAAAGUGAUAACAAAAAGAAAACUUUGA